UGGCCAUGCAUCCCUCAUGUGAUGCGGUAGAGCUGAGACAGUGGAGUGUCCGGGCUGCCCCUCCCAUUCUGUUGUCGCUUAGUCGGGGUCCUGGUAGGCAGUGAGACGGCCCCACCAGGCCUUCAGGCUUGCCCAUCAGGCUUGCCACACCAAGCCUGAGAGCCCGAGUUCAAAUCCCAGGACCCAUGGGGUGGAAAGCGAGAAUCGGCUCCCACAAAUUCUUCCCUGAUCUCUUCAUUUGCUGAGGGAGGUCCACUCCCUGCCCAUAAGCAAAUACAUGUAACUUAAAAAGCCUUUGAAGUGCUGUGGGAAGCUCACGGGGGCGGGGUUAGCAGGACCUUAAGCGGCAAGGAGCGAUGGCACCUGCUGGGCUCUAUGCCCAAGGUCCCCCUCUAGGGGCCACUAAUCGCCCCGCCUCCUUGGGAACUGGGACCUGCACUCUUUAGUUUUAGUGUUUUCAUCGGAUCCCUACAGUGCGUGUCCAGUGCAGGGGGCUGUGGAACCUCAAUCGCCACCUCUGUGGGGGCGCUGGGGAGGAAGAUGAGAGACAUCCUUGUGUUCCAGAGAGCUCAAGGUCAGGGCAGGAGGAGUAUGACAACUGGAACAGCCGGAGGGGCGGGGAAAGAGGGGGGUAGGAGGCGUAGCCUAGGCGAAACGGGGAGGGCGUGGCUAGAGUGGCAGGGCAUGGGUGGAGCCUGGGAGCCCUGUGGGAGGGGCGGCUGGAAAACAAGUUGGAGGCGUGGCCUGGGCGGGGCUGAGGCUGAGGCUGGGCGUGGCCAGGCAGGCCACGGCUCCAGCUUCUGAGAGUAAGGAACAGUUCGGGAUGGCCUGUGAGGCGUGCUGUCCCGGGACCCACAGCUGUCGCAAGCUGCUGCCAGAACCCCUCCCCGAGGACGCCUCUGCCUCUGGCGGCGACCUGGCGACCCUGCUGUGCUGUGGGAGCGGGGCUCGCUUCCCGGGAUUAGGGGGUGCAAACUGCGCAUCCCCACGGGAGCAGGCUGGGAUUGGCCAGUGGGCCGGGCAUCAUGAGCCCUGCCAAAUGCAAGGUCUGUUUCCCUGAGCUCACAGGAAAGCCCAGCAUGUCUGGCCUCCACCUGGUGAAGCGAGGCCGUGAGCACAAGAAGCUGGAGCUGCACAGGGACUUCACCGUUGCUUCCCCGGCCGAGUUUGUCACCCGCUUUGGAGGCAAUAGGGUCAUCGAGAAGGUGCUCAUUGCCAACAACGGCAUUGCUGCAGUCAAGUGCAUGCGCUCCAUCCGCCGCUGGGCCUACGAGAUGUUCCGUAAUGAGCGUGCCAUCCGGUUCGUGGUCAUGGUGACACCUGAGGACCUGAAGGCCAAUGCAGAGUACAUCAAGAUGGCGGAUCAGUACGUGCCUGUCCCGGGAGGCCCCAAUAACAACAACUACGCCAACGUGGAGCUGAUCAUAGACAUCGCCAAGAGAAUCCCUGUGCAGGCCGUGUGGGCUGGCUGGGGACACGCUUCGGAAAACCCCAAGCUUCCGGAGCUGCUGUGCAAGCACGAGAUUGCUUUCCUAGGUCCCCCCAGUGAGGCCAUGUGGGCCCUGGGAGACAAGAUCGCCUCCACCAUCGUCGCCCAGACGCUGCAGAUUCCAACCCUGCCCUGGAGCGGAAGCGGUCUCACGGUGGAGUGGACGGAGGACAGUCGGCAGCAGGGCAAAUGCAUCAGCGUCCCCGAAGAUGUCUACAGCCGAGGCUGCGUGAAGGAUGUGGAUGAAGGCUUGGAGGCAGCAGAGAAGAUCGGAUUCCCGUUGAUGAUCAAGGCCUCGGAAGGUGGAGGAGGGAAAGGUAUCCGCAAGGCCGAGAGCGCAGAGGACUUCCCCAUGCUUUUCAGACAAGUGCAGAGUGAGAUCCCGGGCUCACCCAUCUUUCUCAUGAAGCUGGCCCAGAAUGCACGGCACCUGGAGGUCCAGGUCCUGGCCGAUCACUAUGGAAACGCCGUGUCCCUGUUCGGACGGGACUGCUCCAUCCAGAGGCGGCACCAGAAGAUCAUCGAGGAGGCACCAGCCACCAUCGCUGCUCCUGCCGUGUUUGAGUUUAUGGAACAGUGCGCCGUCCUCCUGGCCAAGACGGUGGGCUACGUGAGCGCCGGGACCGUGGAGUACCUGUACAGCCAGGACGGCAGCUUCCACUUCUUGGAGCUGAACCCACGCUUGCAGGUGGAGCAUCCGUGCACCGAAAUGAUCGCGGACGUCAACCUGCCUGCUGCACAGCUGCAGAUCGCCAUGGGUGUGCCCCUGCACCGGCUGAAGGACAUACGCCUUCUGUAUGGAGAGUCCCCCUGGGGAGUGGCCCCCAUCUCUUUUGAGAACCCUUUGAGCCCUCCCAUCCCCCGGGGCCACGUCAUCGCGGCCAGGAUCACCAGCGAGAACCCAGAUGAGGGCUUUAAGCCAAGCUCGGGGACAGUCCAGGAGCUGAACUUCCGCAGCAACAAGAACGUGUGGGGCUACUUCAGCGUGGCCGCUGCUGGAGGCUUGCACGAGUUCGCCGACUCCCAGUUUGGGCACUGCUUCUCCUGGGGAGAGAACCGUGAAGAGGCCAUUUCGAACAUGGUGGUGGCUUUGAAGGAACUGUCCAUCCGGGGCGACUUCCGGACCACCGUGGAAUACCUCGUUAACCUUCUGGAGACCGAGAGCUUCCAGAACAACGACAUCGACACGGGGUGGCUGGACCACCUCAUCGCUCAGAGGGUACAGGCAGAGAAGCCGGACGUCAUGCUCGGGGUGGUGUGUGGGGCCUUGAAUGUGGCGGACGCGAUGUUCAGAACCUGCAUGACGGAGUUCUUGCACUCCCUGGAAAGGGGUCAGGUCCUCCCGGCGGAUUCCCUGCUGAACAUUGUGGACGUUGAGUUGAUUUACGGCGGCACCAAGUACAUUCUCAAGGUGGCCCGGCAGUCCCUGACUAUGUUCGUUCUCAUCAUGAACGGCCGCCACAUCGAGAUUGACGCCCACCGGCUGAACGACGGGGGGCUGCUCCUGUCUUACAAUGGCAGCAGUUAUACCACGUACAUGAAGGAAGAGGUGGACAGUUACCGGAUCACCAUCGGCAACAAGACCUGCGUGUUUGAAAAGGAGAACGACCCCACAGUCCUGAGAUCCCCCUCGGCUGGGAAGCUGACUCAGUACACGGUGGAGGACGGAGAGCACGUGGAGGCUGGGAACAGCUACGCCGAGAUGGAGGUGAUGAAGAUGAUCAUGACCCUGAACGUGCAGGAGAGUGGCCGGGUGAAGUACGUCAAGCGGCCGGGGGUCAUCCUGGAGGCUGGCUGUGUGGUGGCCAGGCUGGAACUGGAUGACCCUUCAAAAGUGCACGCGGCACAGCCAUUUAUGGGGGAGCUCCCUGCCCAGCAGACACUGCCCAUCCUUGGGGAGAAACUCCAUCAGGUGUUCCACAGCGUCUUGGAAAAUCUGACCAAUGUCAUGAGUGGCUACUGCCUGCCUGAGCCUUUCUUCAGUGUAAAGCUGAAGGAGUGGGUCCAGAAGCUCAUGAUGACACUCCGGCACCCCUCCCUCCCUCUGCUGGAGCUGCAGGAGAUCAUGACCAGCGUGGCAGGCCGCAUCCCGGCACCUGUGGAGAAGGCGGUCCGCAGGGUGAUGGCCCAGUAUGCCAGCAACAUCACUUCUGUCCUCUGCCAGUUCCCCAGCCAGCAGAUAGCCACUAUCCUGGACUGCCAUGCCGCCACCCUGCAGCGGAAGGCGGACCGCGAGGUCUUCUUCAUGAACACACAGAGCAUCGUGCAGCUGGUCCAGAGGUACCGCAGCGGGACCCGUGGCUACAUGAAGGCUGUGGUGCUGGAUCUGUUGAGGAGAUACCUGAACGUGGAGUAUCAUUUCCAGCAAGCCCACUAUGACAAGUGUGUGAUCAACCUGAGGGAGCAAUUCAAGCCGGACAUGACCCACGUACUGGACUGCAUCUUCUCACACUCACAGGUGGCCAAGAAGAACCAGCUGGUGAUCAUGCUUAUAGAUGAGCUCUGUGGCCCAGACCCUGCGCUGUCGGACGAGCUGACCUCCAUCCUCAAGGAGCUCACGCAGCUGAGCAGGAGCGAACACUGCAAGGUGGCCCUCAGGGCCAGGCAGGUCCUGAUCGCCUCCCAUCUCCCCUCCUACGAGCUGCGGCACAACCAGGUGGAAUCCAUCUUCCUGUCCGCCAUCGACAUGUAUGGCCACCAGUUCUGCCCAGAAAACCUCAAGAAAUUAAUACUCUCGGAAACAACUAUCUUCGACGUGCUGCCCACUUUCUUCUACCACGCUAACAAGCUCGUCUGUAUGGCUUCCCUGGAGGUCUACGUGCGCAGAGGCUACAUCGCCUACGAGCUAAACAGCCUGCAGCACCGGGAGCUCCAGGAUGGCACCUGCGUGGUGGAGUUCCAGUUCAUGCUGCCGUCUUCCCACCCCAACAGGAUGGCCAUGCCCAUCAGCAUCUCUAACCCUGACCUCCUGAGGCACAGCACGGAACUCUUCAUGGACAAUUGCUUCUCCCCUCUGUGUCAGCGCAUGGGGGCCAUGGUGGCCUUCCGGAGAUUUGAGGAAUUCACCAGGAACUUCGACGAAGUCAUCUCCUGCUUCGCCAAUGUGCCUACAGACACUCCCCUCUUCAGUAAGGCCUGCGCCUCCCUAUACGAGGAUGAUGGCAAGAACCUUCUAGAAGAGCCCAUCCACAUCCUGAACGUGGCCAUCCAGUGUGCUGAUCACCCGGAGGACGAGGCGCUGGUGCCAGUUUUCCGCGCCUUCGUCCAGUCUAAGAAGCACAUCCUGGUGGAUUACGGACUCCGAAGAAUCACAUUCCUGAUUGCCCAAGAGAGAGAGUUCCCCAAGUUCUUCACGUUCAGAGCGAGAGAUGAGUUUGCGGAAGACCGGAUUUACCGCCACUUGGAGCCCGCCCUGGCUUUCCAGCUGGAGCUGAGCCGGAUGCGCAACUUUGACCUGACCGCCGUGCCCUGUGCCAACCACAAGAUGCACCUUUACCUGGGCGCCGCCAAGGUGAAGGAGGGGCUGGAGGUGACGGACCACAGGUUCUUUAUCCGCGCCAUCAUUCGGCACUCGGACCUGAUCACCAAGGAAGCCUCCUUCGAGUACCUGCAGAACGAAGGCGAGCGGCUGCUCCUGGAGGCCAUGGACGAGCUGGAGGUGGCGUUCAACAACACGAGCGUGCGCACGGACUGCAACCACAUCUUCCUCAACUUCGUGCCCACCGUCAUCAUGGACCCGCUCAAGAUCGAGGAGUCGGUGCGCGCCAUGGUCAUGCGCUAUGGCAGCCGCCUGUGGAAGCUCCGAGUGCUGCAGGCGGAGGUCAAGAUCAACAUCCGCCAGACGACGACGGACAGCGCCGUCCCCAUCCGCCUGUUCAUCACCAACGAGUCCGGCUACUACCUGGACAUCAGCCUCUACAAGGAAGUGACUGACUCCAGAUCCGGAAACAUCAUGUUUCACUCCUUCGGCAACAAGCAGGGGAGCCUGCACGCGAUGCUGAUCAACACGCCCUACGUCACCAAGGACCUGCUGCAGGCCAAGCGCUUCCAGGCGCAGUCCCUGGGGACCACCUAUGUGUACGACUUCCCGGAGAUGUUCAGACAGGCGCUCUUUAAAUUGUGGGGCUCCCCGGAAAAGUACCCGAAAGAUAUCCUGACGUACACAGAGCUGGUGCUGGACUCCCAGAACCAGCUGGUGGAGAUGAACCGACUUCCUGGUGGGAAUGAGGUGGGCAUGGUGGCCUUCAAAAUGAGGUUUAAGACCCCGGAGUAUCCGGAAGGGCGGGACGUCAUUGUCAUCAGCAACGACAUCACCUUCCAAAUCGGCUCUUUCGGCAUGGGGGAGGACUUCCUGUAUCUGCGGGCGUCAGAGUUGGCCCGGACAGAGGGCAUCCCCCAGAUCUACCUGGCAGCCAACAGUGGGGCUCGGAUGGGGCUGGCGGAGGAAAUCAAGCAGAUUUUCCAAGUAGCCUGGGUGGACCCAGAGGAUCCCCACAAAGGAUUUAGAUACCUGUACCUGACGCCUCAAGACUACACCCAGAUCAGCUCCCAGAACUCCGUGCACUGCAAACACAUAGAGGAUGAAGGUGAAUCCAGGUACGUCAUCGUGGACAUCAUUGGGAAGGGCAGCAGCCUGGGUGUGGAGAACCUGAGGGGCUCAGGCAUGAUUGCAGGAGAGGCCUCCCUGGCUUACGAAAAGGUUGUCACCAUCAGCAUGGUGACCUGCCGCGCCCUCGGAAUCGGGGCUUACUUGGUGAGGCUCGGCCAGCGGGUGAUCCAAGUGGAAAACUCCCACAUCAUCCUCACUGGAGCCAGUGCUCUCAACAAGGUCCUGGGAAGAGAGGUCUACACAUCCAACAACCAGCUGGGCGGCGUGCAGAUCAUGCACACCAACGGGGUCUCCCACGUCACGGUGCCAGACGACUUCGAGGGUGUCUGCACCAUUCUGGAAUGGCUGUCGUACAUACCCAAGGACAACCGCAGCCCAGUCCCCAUCAUCACACCCACUGACCCCAUCGACAGGGAGAUCGAUUUCAUCCCCUCCAAAGCCCCCUAUGACCCCAGGUGGAUGCUUGCUGGGAGGCCUCACCCAACUCUGAAGGGGACCUGGCAGAGUGGAUUCUUUGACCACGGCAGUUUCAUGGAAAUCAUGGCACCCUGGGCCCAGACUGUGGUGACCGGACGAGCAAGGCUGGGGGGCAUCCCUGUGGGGGUGAUUGCCGUGGAGACUCGGACUGUGGAGGUGGCUGUCCCUGCUGACCCUGCCAACUUGGAUUCUGAAGCCAAGAUCAUCCAGCAGGCGGGCCAGGUGUGGUUCCCGGACUCUGCCUACAAGACGGCGCAGGUCAUCAGAGACUUCAACCAGGAGCACCUGCCCCUCAUGAUCUUUGCCAACUGGAGAGGCUUCUCCGGUGGCAUGAAGGACAUGUAUGAACAGAUGCUGAAGUUUGGAGCCUACAUCGUGGACGGCCUCCGGCUGUUCAGGCAGCCCAUCCUCAUCUACAUCCCUCCCUGUGCCGAGCUCCGUGGGGGCUCCUGGGUUGUCCUUGACUCCACCAUCAACCCCCUGUGCAUAGAGAUGUACGCGGACAAAGAGAGCAGGGGGGGUGUCCUGGAGCCAGAGGGCACCGUGGAGAUUAAGUUCCGGAAGAAAGACCUGGUGAAGACCAUGAGAAGGAUAGACCCCGUGUGCAGGAAGCUCGUGGCACAGCUGGGGGCCGCCCAGCUCCCCGACCAGGACCGCAGGGAGCUGGAGGGCCAGUUGAAGGCCCGAGAGGACCUGCUGCUCCCCAUCUACCACCAGGUGGCAGUGCAAUUCGCUGACCUGCAUGACACGCCGGGCCACAUGCUGGAGAAGGGAAUCAUUUCUGACGUGCUGGAAUGGAAGACUGCUCGCACCUUCCUCUACUGGAGGCUGCGCCGGCUGCUGCUGGAGGCCCAGGUGAAGCAGGAGAUCCUCCAAGCCUGCCCCGAGCUGAGCCACGAGCACACGCAGUCCAUGCUGCGACGCUGGUUUGUGGAGACCGAGGGCGCCGUCAAGGCCUACCUGUGGGAUAGCAACCAGGUGGUGGUCCAGUGGCUGGAGCAGCACUGGUCAGCCAGGGAUGGCCUGCGCUCCACCAUCCGUGAGAACAUCAAUUACCUGAAGCGAGACUCUGUCCUCAAGACCAUCCAAAGUCUGGUUCAAGAAAACCCAGAUGUGACCAUGGACUGUGUGGCGUACCUUAGCCAGCACCUCACCCCGGCAGAGCGGAUACAGGUGGUUCAGCUGCUGUCUACCACAGAGAGCUCAACCUCCCCCUGAGCACCUCUGGCCAUCCCCAGGGCCCCGGACCUUGGAACAGCAAUGCGGCAGGCCUUCCUAAGACUUUGGCUUGUUUUGGGGAAGUUCACCAAAGCCAUCCUGAGCACUCCAAAUGUAGCAGCUGUUCCUGACCAGCACCUUCCUGGACAAAGGGCCACUGUGCCCCUGCCAGGUGGGGACGGCACCCCCCCCACCUGGGGACUGCAGGGUUUGUCCUGGUGGAUAGCUCCGCUGCCUGUCUGAGGUGAACUGAACCGGGCGUCCUGAGUUCCUGUGUUUUCCGUGGACCGGGGACUCAGUGUCCUGGCUGAGCACGAGGCACUUGCCCGAUGGCUUACACUCCGGUCCCCUGUGGCCUUCACCAGAGUAAAUGGGCCAAAGAAAACACCAGACGAGACCCAAGAAAACCUCUUCCCGAAACGAGGCUUAUUAGACACCUAGGCGCCCAAGCAGGGGCAAAAAUGAUUUCCCUUUUCAGUUAAGAGAACAAAAGCGGCCCUUGGUGAGUCGGGAGACCAUCCUAUGGACAGGCUGUCCUAUUACAGAGAUUCUCCGAGAUCAAAGGACAGAUGGCUGGUUGGCGUCCAGCAUGGCUUGAGGAGCCUUACUGCCUCGGAUCCUGGGGCUCUGUAAGCCCUUUCUUCGCAGGUAGAGUGAGGGCUGGACCUCACACCAUGUCUCCUGGAGACUGGCCACCCUUAUGAUGCCAAGUACCCUGCAGCCUAAGGGCAGAGAGGCUGCCCCUCCCCUGGAGGGCCCCUGACCUUGUGCCUUCAUACCGCGGCAGGAGCCAACAGCUCUGGACCAGUGCCCCAGGACCGUGCUGCAAGCACGCUGGGUUUGCUCACAAAGACUUUCCCAGCACCCACAGACCCUGCAGUGGCAGGGUCUGAAUGAGUCGUUCUGUGCCAGUGACAGGGGCUGGGGAAGGUAGCCUUCCUUCUGGGCAGUGUGUCUGAAGUCGGCCGUCACUCCUGGCGGAGGCCGCAGCCUCCAGGGAACCGUCCGCCAAACAGGCUACUUGAGGUGUGCCGGGUAGAGACAGAGAUGGCCAGCUGUCAGCCUGUGACAGCCCUGGCAGCCGAGGGGGCCUGGGGCGGGGGGAGACGCGUGAUCCACUGCUGCCAUUCUGGGGGAUGAAGGGUUCUGCUGGGCAAGGUCCUCUUGAUGUGGGGGAAAGCCCAGACCGACUAGCUGCUGCCCUGACCAGAGGGCUGAGGAGGCUGCUGGGAGAGCUGCAGAAUAAACUAUUUUU